AUGCAGCAUUGUUCUCUUCACGAUGAUAUCCCUUCUAAGAUUUCCAUUCAUCGCCAAAAGCCAGAACGACCUUCAUUUAUCCAUUUUAUGUCAAUAUUGCCAUACAUGGAUGAGCUGGAUGAGUACCCUAUUUGCAAACAAUGGUUCUGUGAACUUUACUUCACUCCGCUCCAAAUCUUUCUGUUAUUUCUGUUAUUUGGACGAUUCACCUUAGCCAUCAUAAUUCUCUUACUUGGUUUGAAGAUGGAGAAAGAUUUUAUGCGGACCAUAACAAUGGCCAUAUUUAUUCCAAUGACAUUCUGUGAAAUUUUCAACAUCUAUUGUGAGGUAGUUGCCUAUUUGAAUCAGUUUUCAGCAACUGAGGAGCAGUAUACAUAUAUUGCUGUCACUUUUCUGGAAUGGACAUAUAGUUUUCUCUAUGUGAUUUACGAUUAUGUACACUACAAUGUGCUAAUCCAACUAAUUCUGUUGCUAUACUGUUGUAGACUAGCUUAUCAGAAAGAGGAAAUUCUCAGUGCUUUUCCAAUAAACACUAUUUGCUUGGUCGUACAAGUGCUUCCGUUCUUUCUUAGUGUGCUAUACUAUGUAACCGAUGCAACAGCUAAUACUACACUGCGGAUACUAUCAAUUGCUUCACGAGUUGUGAUGAUUGUAUGCUUUACCAUACUCACCGUACAAAUUUUCAUGUCUUUUCUGCUGCUGUGCCGUGUUCUUCCAUACACACAUGCAAACUCUACUGAUAUGCAGUUACGAGACGCUCGGAGUCGACUAGCCUGGACGCUCGUCUAUCUCAUUCUUCCUUAUAUAGCACUAUUACCUUUCUUAGUCAAUGCUUUCGCAUGGCUGAUUGCAUUUUCGGGUAAUCCUGGUGUCACUACUAUGAAAGUACAAACGGUUUGCGAGAUGCUUGAAUUUAUCUUCCAUUUCCAUCGCCCGUUGUGGAUGACGGUUAUUACAGUCGCGUUUUUGCCUCCUUACAGGAGAGCUAUGCUGUUAACAGUAAUCUGCUGUGGAUGUUGCCCCAAGAUCACUGUCGAACCGCUACCAAGAAAACCACAAGAUAUGAGUCUUAUGUAUCGAUAUGCAGACAUAUGA